UUUGUAGACACUAAUUUUGACAGAAAAACGUGUUGGAUGCAUGAACCCGUUAGCACAGGCACUUCGAUUAUGGCUUGUGAGUUUGAAGAUGGAGUGGUGAUCGGCGCGGACUCUCGCACCACCACCGGCGCGUAUAUCGCCAACAGAGUGUCAGACAAACUCACAAGGAUUACUGAUUACAUUUACUGCUGUCGCUCUGGAUCAGCUGCGGACACACAGGCCAUUACGGAUAUUGUCACUUACCAUUUAAAUUUUCACAAAAUAGAAGUAGAAGAUGAACCUCUGGUGCUAACAGCAUCAACAAUCUUCCGUGAACUUUGCUACAAUUAUCGAGAUUCCUUAGAAGCUAGUGUCUUAGUCGCAGGUUGGGACAACAAGGAAGGAGGACAAAUCUUCUCAAUACCAGUUGGAGGUGCACUGGUACGGCAAGCAGUCGCCAUCGGGGGCUCCGGUUCCUCGUACGUGUAUGGCUAUGUCGAUGCGAACUUCAAACCCAACAUGAGCAAGAAGAAAGCUAUACAGUUUGUCACGAAUACGCUCACCCUAGCUAUGUUAAGAGAUGGUUCUUCGGGCGGAGUGGUGCGACUAGGUGUUAUAACUGAAGCUGGUGUACAAAGAUCGGUGAUCCUCGGAAAUCAGUUGCCUAAAUUCUAUGAGGCUUAA